GUUCUUACCUACCAGCCUAGGUAAUCGAGCUCGGAUAUCAAGAUGGUACGCGUUAUAAAGAAUCUGUAACUACUCCGCUCCCUCCUCUCGUGGAUCCACACUAUUUCCCCAAGGAUAUUCUUCUGUGCUUGGGGUACGCGACCAGCACACAGCUUCUCCCUCGGUGUUUCAUUUUCUCUCACCUUCAAUUUCUCUUGAACAGACAUUCUGUUCCGCGUCGAAAACAUGGCUGUACCUCUGUUCGUGAGACUGCAGUCGUACAUAGACCCUCUCUUGCUUCUCGGCAUCUCCAUUUCAUACUUCCCCCUGACGCUGCUGUCUCAUCCGUUGCUCUUUGUUACAUCUCCGUCGUCCUUCCGCUCAAAAUGGUUCGAAAACUUCUGGCGGGUCAUUGGGCCCAAGAUGGCCGCCUCGGAAGUCCAAGUCAAUCACAUCGAAGACCUCAUGUCCCGGGCGGGCGGAAAGGUCCUUGAACUGGGCCCUGGAGCAGGCGACCAAAUGUUCCACUAUAAGCCUGGCCAGAUCGAAGUGCUGUACUGCGCCGAACCAAACGGAUUCUUGCAUGGAAAACUUCUUGAAGCUGCGGAGAAGCAUGGGCUUGGGAAAAAGCUGGUCGCUCUUGAAGCCGGGGCUCAACCAGGCAGUCUCCUACCUGCACUCAAGAAGGCCGGGGUGAUCCCCAGCACGACCUCGAGUCUACCCGAGAACGGUGUAUUUGACACCAUUGUUACCGUCAAGAGUCUCUGCUCAGCGCCACAGAAACAACUUGCUGCCACGGUAGCUAUCAUCCAAGCCUUGCUCAAACCCGGCGGCGAGUUCCUGUUUUUCGAGCACGUCGAGAACAAUGCAGAUUCGAUCACCAUGUCUUACGCAUGGUUGGUAGAUUGGAUCUGGCCUGUGUUCAUGGGCGGUUGUCGCUUGAAUGGGAAGCUUGAUCGCGUCGUCUUGGGGAUGGGCGGCUGGGAUAAAAGGAGCAUUACCACCACAGAUGAAUUCAAGGGUUACGAGGUCUUCAGAUAUGUCAAGGGAGUCUGUCGCAAAGCUUGACAAGGUUGGCUCCAUGGCGGUAGUGGCCGUCCAAGAGCUAUACCAGCGAAGUGCGCCUUAAUUUGUUCCAGUGCGACAUGGAGGUAUGGGACUUGAGCUCAGCCGGCUCGGUGCGAAUGGUGAGCUAAAUCCGCAAAGACUUGGGUGGUGAUGGUUCCUGUGCUGCGCUGUUGCAGCUGAACAAAGUCAUUAAUUGUAACGUCAAGCCCCAACCUUGUAAGUAGCGAAUCUAAAAUCGCCUUUUGUCUUUCGAG